AUGGCAGCUAUUGGUUUUGUAAUCGGACCUAUGCUUCAUGGUUUUUAUCGCGUCUUAGACUCUAGAGCAUUUCGAGGAAGUCGACGAACCAUUGUUUUCAAAAAAUUAUGCUGUGAUGCUGCUUGUAUGCCAAUUUUCUCCUGCACAUUCAUGACAGUGGGAGGUCUUCUUGAAGGAUCUUCACUGUCAUCGGCCUUUUCUGAAUAUAAGAAGAAGAUGUGGCACAUUUUCAAGGUUGACAUAUCAAUUUGGCCUCCAGCACAACUGAUCUCGUUUUGGUUCUUGCCACAUUCGGUUCGGGUCGUUUAUGUAAAUAUUGUAUCGCUUGUUUAUAAUUGUAUCAUGUCUUAUAUCAAAAACAAUGACAUAUCAGUGAUUAAGCGUAGUAUAUGA